AAACGGCGGGGUGCUGUGUGGAAAAAUCCCAAUGAAGAAAGAAAAAGGACGGGAGAGAAGGAAAGGAGACUCGAACAGACGCCGACGUUCGCUUUCCCCAAAUUGCGUUUCUUUAUUCCUAAGCUGUAAUUCUUACUCCUUAUAUUCCUACCCCUCUAACACUCUCGGAGAGAGAUGCUUUCCCAAUUCAGGUGAGUGCGUGUAGAAAUCAGUAGAGGCAAUGGCAACAGAGAAAGCGGAGAAUGGUUUGGUGAAUUUCGUCUUCUCUUGGUCCAUCCAAGACGUACUCAACGACAAUCUCCUCAAAGGAAAGGUGAGAGAGAUCCCAAGGAGAUUUCAAUCCAUAGAGCAGUAUUAUGGAUCAUUCAUUUUUUCUUUGAUCGAGGAAACACGGACUGAAUUGUGUUCAAGUAUGAAGGUUCUCUCUACAGCACCAGUCUAUAAAAUACGAUCAGUUGGGUUAUCUGCUUCUAAGGAGUCGGUAUAUGGCAUUUCCAUGGAACCUUUCAGAAAUGUUUUGGAUAAGGGAGGAAAAGAAACAUCCGGUCCAAAGAAUGGAGAUAUCUUUGCUUUGUGCGAUGUGGUACCUUCAAGAGUUGCUGAUCUAGACUGUGAUGGAAGAUCCUACACUCUUGGUUUAGUUACUAAGAAUGAAGAUGCUGAAAGUGGUCCACCAUUUGAAAUUCGAGCCAAAGUAUCGAAGGAUGUUGUGGCUCCAAAAGGAAAGGAGAAAUCUCUUUUUGCUGUUUUCUUGAUCAAUAUUACGACAAACAAUCGUAUAUGGAUGGCCUUGAAUGCAGUCCAUAGAAAUUCCAAUGUCGUAAAGGAAGCAUUAUGCACCAAUUCUUCGGUUGGGAGAAGUUGCAAAACCUGUUCUUCGGGAGAAUUUGCACAGAAAAUCGAAGUUUUGUUGCAAAAAACGCGAUCUAUUUUAUGCUCAUUCGAGCUGAAUGAGUCACAAAUCAGAGCAGUAUUGAGUUCUAUAGAAGCAAAGCAAUGCAAGCAUCAGCACUCGAUUCAACUAAUCUGGGGCCCACCAGGGACUGGAAAGACGAAAACAAUCAGUACAAUGCUACUGGCACUUCUAGAAUUGAAAUGCAGAAUACUUGUAUGUGCACCGACGAAUGUUGCAGUCUUAGAAGUGGCCUUGCGUCUCCUGAGGUUGUUGAGAGAGUCAUGUCCUACUGACCUAUACCCUUUGGGAGACAUAAUUUUAAUGGGAAAUAAGGACCGGAUGAACAUUACUGACGAUCUUGAAGGUAUUUUUCUGAAUAACCGCAUCGAUAGGCUUUCAGAUUGCUUUGCACUACUAUCAGGGUGGAGAUACAAGCUAGAGUCAAUGAUACGAUUUCUUGAAGAUUGUUUUCCUCAAUAUGAAUUCUAUUUGGAAAAUGAAAAGGCAAAGGAGGAUAACAGGGGUGUCAAUGCCUUAACAUUUCGGGAAUUCGUCAAGAGCCGAUUCGGUGCCAUUGCAAAGUCAUUGAAGGAUCAUAUAAGAAGCUUUUGUACCCACUUACCAUCAUCUUCACUUUCGAAAAAUAACUAUAACAACAUGGUUUCAGCUUUCAAGUUGAUUGAAUCUUUUGAAAGCUUGUUACGUGUGAAUAAUGUCAGUAACAAGAAGCUCAAGGAACUAUUGAUGCAGUCCGAAGGAGUAAACAAUUUGUGCAAGGCCCGAAACGAGUGUCUUCAAGUUCUGAGAGAUCUUAAAGGAAAUUUUCAGAUUCCCCAAUUUCUCGAAAAAGAUUUGAUUCGAAAAUUUUGCUUGAAAAGUUCUUCCCUUGUUUUUUGCACGGCUUCUAGUUCAUCUGCAUUGCAUUUUUUAGAGAUUGAACCAUUUGAGCUGGUGGUUAUUGACGAAGCUGCUCAGUUGAAAGAAUGUGAGUCAUUGAUUCCAUUACAACUACCAGGUACACGGCAUGCUAUUCUUAUUGGUGAUGAGUGCCAAUUGCCUGCACUUGUUAAAAGCAAGAUUUCUGAGAAAGCUGGAUUUGGAAGAAGCCUCUUUGAGAGGUUGAGUUCAGUGGGACGUGAGAAGCACCUUCUCAAUGUGCAGUACCGAAUGCAUCCUUUCAUAAGUACUUUCCCAAAUGCCAAUUUUUAUGGGAACCAGAUUUCCGAUGCUCCAAUCGUCAAGCAUAAAUGUCACGAAAGGCAGUACCUUCCACACCAUUUCUACGGUUCAUAUUCAUUUAUUAAUAUUGACGAUGGAAGGGAGAUGGUCGACGAAGGUCGUAGUCAGAAGAAUAUGGUAGAGGUGGCUGUAGUUUUGCAAAUAUUGAGAAACCUUUUUGGAGCAUCCAUUGUUUUGGGACAGAGGGUUAGUGUUGGUGUCGUGUCACCCUACACAGCUCAAAUCAUUGCAAUUCAAGAGAAACUUGGAAAAACAUAUGAAACACAAGUGGACUUUGUUGUGAAUGUCAAGUCCAUUGACGGGUUUCAAGGUGGUGAAGAGGAUGUAAUCAUAAUGUCUACUGUCAGAUCAAACAGUAACGGGUCAGUUGGUUUCCUUUCCAAUACUCAACGGACAAAUGUGGCUUUGACCAGGGCCAGGUAUUGCCUUUGGAUUGUGGGGAAUGGACAGACUUUAAUUAAAAGUGGUUCUAUCUGGAAGAAAAUAGUCCUUGAUGCAAAGCGUCGUGGAUGCUUCUUUAACGCUAUGGAGGACGCGAGUUUGGCCAAAGAAAUCGUCCGUGCCAAUGAACAUGGGGAGGACUUAUCAAGAUGUUUUCCUGCUCUUAAUCUAGGCAAUGAACGUGGGGGUUCAGCCCAACAGUUAAGAGAUUCUAAGAAAACUCAAGAGUCAAAAGCAAUUUCACCGAAAGAGACUGGUGAUUCUCGACCUAUGAGUACUAGCACUAGUAACGAUUUCCAAAGGAGUGAAGGAGAAGCUGUUGGGGGAAGUACUCAUGCAUACAAACCUGAUGGAGGAAUUGGAGUUCAAAAUUCUAAACAAAGAUCUAAGGAAAGUUUAGAGUUGAAAGCUAGUUCAUCGAAAGCAUCUGGUAAUUCUCGACCUAUGGAUGCUAGCACUAGUAUUGACUCCCAAAUGAAGAGUAAAGUAAAAGCUGUUUGGGGAAGUACUCAAGGAGACAACCCUGAUGGAGGUGCAGGAAUUGGAGUUCACAACUCUGAAGAAGUUAGUUCUUUUGCAAGGAGAUCUAAGGAAAGUUCAGAGUCGAAAGCUAGUUCAUCGAAAGCAACUGGUAAUUCUCGACCUAUGGAUACUAGCACUAGCAUCGAUUCCCAAAAGAAGAGUAAAGGAAAAGCUGUCGGGGAAAGUAGUCACGCAGACAAGCCCAAUGGAGGUGCAGGAAUUGGAGUUCACAACUCUGAAGAAGUUAGUUCUUUUGCAAGGAGAUCUAAGGAAAGUUCAGAGUCGAAAGCUAGUUCAUCGAAAGCAACUGGUAAUUCUCGACCUAUGGAUACUAGCACUAGCAUCGAUUCCCAAAAGAAGAGUGAAGGAAAAGCUGUCGGGGAAAGUAGUCACGAAGACAAGCCCAAUGGAGGUGCAGGAAUUGGAGUUCACAACUCUGAAGAAGUUAGUUCUUUUGCAAGGAGAUCUAAGGAAAGUUCAGAGUCGAAAGCUAGUUCAUCGAAAGCAACUGGUAAUUCUCGACCUAUGGAUACUAGCACUAGCAUCGAUUCCCAAAAGAGUAAAGGAAAAGCUGUCGGGGAAAGUAGUCAUGCAGACAAGCCCAAUGGAGGAAUUCCAGUUCACAACUCUGAAGAAGAAAAUCAUACGGAUCAGUUCGACGGUACCUCUUCUGUGCUACCAAACCUUGUAUCUGGUGGCUUAUGCAUGGUGGGGUUUCUCCUUUAUCGAUUUUGGGCGCGGUCAUAAUACUUAGAUAUGAUUGUGAGGGUGUGAAAUUUGUUUAUAUACAUAGGAAUUGGAAGAAGUGAAAUUGUUAUUAAUGUUGUGAGACCUGAGUAUACAUUGCUAUGUAAAUUGUGACGAAUAGUAAAAGUGAGAUAAAAAAAAAGUAUUUUCAUCC